AUGAAGUCCCAAGGAAACCGAAACAUGAAUGAAGAAGACGACUCCGGCGGGGGCGGUUGCGGCAAAAUGUUGAAGGUUCUUUCGUUGACGAACGUAAGCAGCAAAAAUGGAUUGGAGCAUCGCAAACUUAUGUUUGAGAAGGACAUGGAGGAGAGGAAGUUGGAGCGGAUCAAGGAAAAAAAUCGUGAAAAACGCGCCAAGGAUCGUAAG